GCCGGCUGCGAAUUAGCCUAAGUUAUUAAAGAUGGCGGCGGAGCGGAGUCGCUCACCGAUGGACUCGCCGGUGCCGGCCUCUAUGUUCGCCCCGGAGCCCAGCUCCCCUGGGGCGGCCAAGGCCGCAGCGGCCGCCGCCCGACUCCACGAUGGCUUCGACUCGGACUGCAGUGAGGACGGCGAGGCGCUCAACGGCGAACCGGAGCUGGACCUCACCAGCAAGCUGGUUCUAGUGAGCCCUACAUCAGAGCAGUAUGACAGCCUACUUCGGCAGAUGUGGGAGAGGAUGGACGAGGGAUGCGGAGAGACCAUAUAUGUCAUUGGGCAGGGAUCAGAUGGGACUGAGUAUGGGCUGAGUGAAGCUGACAUGGAGGCCUCCUACGCCACAGUGAAGAGCAUGGCCGAACAGAUAGAGGCUGACGUCAUCCUCCUGAGGGAGCGCCAAGAAGCCGGUGGCCGAGUGCGUGAUUACCUGGUCCGGAAACGAGUAGGAGACAAUGACUUCCUGGAGGUCAGGGUAGCAGUUGUGGGCAACGUGGAUGCUGGCAAAAGCACACUUCUGGGGGUCCUGACGCAUGGGGAGCUGGACAAUGGCCGCGGCUUUGCCCGCCAGAAGCUCUUCCGCCACAAACAUGAGAUUGAAUCUGGUCGUACCAGCAGUGUGGGCAAUGACAUUCUGGGCUUCGACAGCGAAGGCAAUGUGGUAAACAAGCCUGACAGCCACGGUGGCAGCCUGGAGUGGACGAAGAUCUGUGAGAAAUCCACUAAGGUGAUUACCUUCAUCGACCUGGCCGGCCACGAGAAGUACCUGAAGACCACUGUCUUUGGCAUGACCGGCCACCUGCCUGACUUCUGCAUGCUCAUGGUGGGCAGCAAUGCUGGAAUUGUGGGGAUGACCAAGGAGCACCUGGGCUUGGCGUUGGCACUCAAUGUACCCGUCUUUGUGGUGGUCACCAAGAUUGACAUGUGUCCCGCCAACAUCCUGCAAGAAACUCUGAAGCUAUUACAGCGCCUGCUGAAGUCUCCGGGCUGCCGAAAAAUCCCUGUGCUGGUGCAGAACAAAGAUGAUGUGAUUGUUACGGCCUCCAACUUCAGCUCUGAGAGGAUGUGCCCAAUAUUCCAGAUCUCUAACGUUACAGGCGAGAACCUAGAUCUGCUGAAGAUGUUCCUCAACCUUCUGUCCCCCCGCACCAGCUACAGGGAGGAAGAGCCAGCAGAGUUCCAGAUUGAUGACACCUACUCUGUCCCAGGUGUGGGGACAGUGGUGUCGGGGACAACACUGCGGGGCCUGAUCAAGCUGAAUGACACACUGCUGCUGGGCCCCGACCCUUUGGGGAACUUCCUGUCCAUCGCUGUCAAGUCCAUUCAUCGCAAGCGCAUGCCUGUCAAGGAGGUGCGUGGGGGCCAGACGGCCUCCUUUGCUCUGAAGAAGAUCAAGCGCUCAUCCAUCCGGAAGGGCAUGGUGAUGGUUUCUCCUCGUUUGAAUCCCCAAGCAUCCUGGGAAUUUGAAGCUGAGAUUCUUGUCCUCCACCACCCCACCACGAUUAGCCCACGCUAUCAGGCCAUGGUGCAUUGUGGGAGCAUCAGGCAAACGGCCACCAUUCUGAGCAUGGACAAGGACUGUCUUCGUACUGGGGACAAGGCCACUGUCCACUUCCGCUUCAUCAAGACCCCAGAGUACCUGCACAUAGACCAGCGGCUGGUGUUCCGAGAAGGCCGCACCAAGGCUGUCGGCACCAUCACCAAGCUGCUCCAGACCACUAACAACUCCCCGAUGAACUCCAAGCCCCAGCAGAUAAAGAUGCAGUCAACGAAAAAGGGUCCGCUGUCCAAACGAGAAGAGGGGGGGCCAUCCAGUGGGGCAGCGGCAGCGGCAGCCCCGCCCGGGGAUGAAGUUUCGUCUCUAGGCCCUGGGCAGUCCAGUGGUCUGCAGCCCCAGCCCAAGCCCAGCAGUGGAGGCCGACGACGAGGGGGCCAGCGCCACAAAGUGAAGUCCCAGGGGGCCUGCGUGACUCCUGCCAGCGGCUGCUAAAUCUUCCCCAGCCCAGCACUGCGCCCAGGGAUCCUCACUCUGGCCACCUCUCACCAGCUGGGCGGAGCGGUGCCGACUGCAGCCGCCCACUCCCAGGCCACAGCCAGAGCCUCCCAUUGCUCCACCCCUGUUUUCCAGGGGGCUUUGUAAUUUAUAAAAGAGGACUGACCGCCUCCUGCCCUCUUCCCUGCCUUCUUCCUCACACACCUUUUGUAUAUCUGGGCCCUUAGUUUUUAUUCUUUUUAUUAUAUAUCUCUGUCUCUCUGUUCAGCGUGCUGUGUGUGUGUGAGGCCCAGGAAUGGCAGUGGCCAGGGCCCUGUCCUUUGGUCCUCCGUGGUUGGCCUUCCCAUCCGUCCACCCAUCCGUCCAUCUGUCUGUGUGUCUGUCCGGGUGAGGCCCUCGGUGGCUGUUGGGGGCAUCAGGAGCUAAGAGGCCACUUUCCUUUCUCCCUGCUCUCGCGCCACUGCAGGCCCUCUGCAGUGCUGGCCUGGGCUUCUCUGGGCACCUGGGAUUCCAUGCCUGCUGCAGGCCAGGAUUUGGGGAUGUGCACAGGGGGACGUGGUGGCUUCCUCUUGUCUCUUUCUCCUUUUCCCCUCAAGCCCUCAAACGGGUGAUGCCAAAAGCCCCUCAGUCGUACCUGUGAGUGUGCGGGAUGGUGUCAGAGCUACGCCCCGGGCUGGGCACCUGCCAGGCCUCCCCUGGAGACAAUCCUGUGUUUGCCUGGGCUGGCCCUGGCUGUUCCUGCACCUGCCCAUCUUCCCAGCUUCGAGCCUGGUUCCUUACCGCCCCUUCUGCCGGGGCCUGGGCCUUUUCUUGGGCCCCGGGGCACCAGUUGAUUAGACUGGGUCUGGGCUGCUGAUAGCUGGGUCUUCUAGCACCUCUGGUUGGUAGAGGGGCCCUUCUUCGGUCCCCGCCUUGCCCACCACAGGCCAGCCCAGCUGCUGCAGGAGCACAACUGUUCACACCCCGGGCCAGGUCUGAAGGCCCCACUGGCGGUGUGGUGGGAUGCCUGGGUGGGUGCAGGCCCAAUGCAGAGCACUUAGUGCUGAGAAGCACUGCUGCCUGGGGCAGGGCUGUGGUGGCGACACGGCUCUGCCCCGCAGUCUCUGUAGGGCAGCUGGCAGCACAGCUUCCUUCUCCUACCAGGGCAGACACCCAGCUGGCUGGGUCCCCCCUCAGCCUGGCCUCCUUCCCGUCCCCACCAUCCUCCCGUUCUCUGCUCCUGACUGCUGGUCCCCUGUCCCCUCCUUUCAGCUGUUCUAGUUACCACUGCCCCGCGGCCAUGGACUGACCAGACCAGCAUUCACAAUAAAAGUUUGUUCCAAGUUGA